ACCCUAGAGUCACAGAACCCUCAGAAAAAUGCCUGCUGGACACGGUCUCCGUUCCCGGACUCGUGAUCUGUUCUCGAGGGCCUUCAGGAAGAAGGGGUACAUCCCGCUCUCCACCUACCUCAAGACCUACAGGAUCGGCGACCAUGUCGAUGUCAAGGUUAACGGCGCCGUCCACAAGGGUAUGCCCCACAAGUUCUACCAUGGCCGUACCGGACGCGUCUGGAACGUCACCAAGCGCGCCAUCGGUGUCGAGAUCAACAAGCAGGUCGGAAACAGAAUCAUCAGGAAGAGGAUCCAUGUGCGUGUGGAGCAUGUGCAGCCGUCAAGGUGCACCGAAGAAUUCCGUUUGAGGAAGAUAAAGAAUGAUCAGCUGAAGGCCGAGGCUAAGGCAAGGGGUGAGGUCAUUAGCACCAAGAGGCAGCCAAAGGGACCCAAGCCUGGUUUCAGGGUGGAAGGUGCCGUCAUGGAAACCGUUACUCCCAUUCCUUAUGAUGUCGUCAAUGAUCUUAAAGGAGGGUACUAGGUUUAAUUUCCGUUUGCUUUGGUCAACUCAAAUGUUUCCGUAGUUUCGUUUUACAAAUUUUUGAGCGACUUUGAUGUGCCGCAUUUGAGACUGCUUAUGAUAUAUGUUAUGUUUCCAAGUACAAUUUUGUGCGAAUGUGGAAAUUAUCUUCAGUGUUUA